CGGAUCUUCUUCUUCCUCGUCAUCUUUACUCAAUAAAGGCUUUGGUGCGCCUUCAGGGCUUCUGUCGCGGAACGCCAGUAAGAUAGGUGCUGGAUUCGAUCUAGCAGUCCCUUCUGCAAGUGCGACUACUGGGAGACCGUCGGAUGUGAAGAACGAAUUAGAACGAACGAUUAGCAUUCUAGAGCAGGCAGUGUUGUCGGAAACAAAACAAGAUCAGCAACCUCCCUUUAGUUUCUACACAUUUGGGGGACAAGAACUUCUGCAUGGCGGAACAAGUAGUGAAGAGCAGGUUUUUCUAGAUGAACAAUGUGGAGAUCAAGAUCCACACGGAGAGGAUGGGGAAAAUGAUUUUGAUGUACUUGGUCGUGUCACGAGCGCAUUAGCUCCUCCAUUUUCCAAAGAAACCUGUGGAUCGACAAACUCAUCAAAGAGGUCCUUUCCUCCUGAGCUUGAGCAGUACUAUGUUCUCGAUGAGGAGCAAGGAAACUUCCGAGAGCAAGGAGAAGAACUAAUCGAUGAAGAAGGACUUCAGGGGGAGCAAGGAAACUUCCAAUUUCCUUCCUCGAGAAAUGGUAGUAAGCUCUUUGACAGAGCCCAUUACGAGGAGGCUGAGUGGAUCAGGCGGACUGAGCUACUAUUGCAAAGCGACCUUGCACUAUUGCAAAGCGACAAUGCGCAAUUGAGCAAUACGGUGACGCAGCUCUUAUCUAUGGUGGACGUGGAGGGGAAUGUUUCUGCUAGCAGCCCACCGUCAUAUGAAGGAGCAGUCUUGCCAAGAGAGGAAGAAGAAGAAGAAGAAGAUGGCCUACAACCAGGUCAGGGAACAACUGCAGAGACAGAAGCUGAGGAGUCGGCAGUGGAGUCUGUUGUAGAGUUGGACGGGGAUAUGCUGAUUGAGAGGAGCUCUAAAGGUGCUGUACGAGGGAGUGCGGCAUCUCCUCCGGACUCCGAAGAGGACAAGUCAUCGGGGGCUUUGGGAAGUUUUUUCCGUUCCUGGUUGAGCUAAAACACUGUAUAUGCUAUAUGAAAAUACAUAGAGUCAUGCAUAGACUUCUUUUAUAAUUUAGCAGGAUAGAUACUACAACUACUUACCAAUCAUAUAUUACUUGAAUCAAUCGAUCCGUUAUAUUGAGUUUUUGCUUGGAGCUUAGCCGAUAGUAUUUGAGCCCGUAUUGAAUGUCAACAUCAUCAAUCAAUCAAUCAAUUACGGACUAUGCACAGUUAUUGCUGCAACUAUUGGAUAUGUCAUCAACAUCCUCGUCCUUGUCACUCACCAGAAAUACAACCAAUGUACUUAAAUUAUAGCCCAUUUUUGAGCUAAAUGUGCUACACCUACCACAGCUAAUAUAUAUGGGGCAGACGACGUGAUUACACAGUUAGAGACAUGAAGAUCCGUUACCUAUAUUCACUUCCUAUUUAUUCACUUGAGACUUUGACUUAUAGCUGCUGAAAAAACCACGUCAUAUUAACACUAUGUAGAAGCUCUACCUGUCAUGAUGCGUUUGAUUUUCCUUGUCGACAGCUACCGCAUCGAUUGAGACUCAAGAAAGGAAAGAAGUCCAAGAUAUUAGCAUGGCAGCGACUUUCACCGAGAUGAAAGGUGGUGCUGCUGUGUAUCCGCUCUGGCUCAUGAGCUGCUAGACUCUAAGAGCUUACGCAAAAAGAAAUCGG